GUUUUUUGUUCUGUUUCUCUUCGAGUGUGUUAGUUAUCUUCGUGUAAGGGAGGCCGCCUAUUUUUCUCCAGUCGUUGUAGAUUCAUCUCCGAAAUUUUUCGAAUUCCCGGGAACCAUCUCCUUCCUUCCUAUAAGCUCACAGCUCUCUCACUUGUACUGACCUAGGAACUUGCAACAAUAAUGAGUUGGAUUUUUGGUGUGUUUGGGGACUAGGAAGGCAGUUUGGACACAUCAAAGUAAUUGGACAAAGGUGGACUGUGGGUGCUCGUGCUCAAAUAUAUAGAACAAUAAGCAGGAAGCAAAAGUAAAAAAGAAAAGAUAUGUCGGAGACUCUCUGAACAAAGAUGAUUCUUACAACGCAAAAGAGAUGUACAGUAGAAUUAUAUGUCCAGUCUACAAACGUUUCAUACACAUUACACCACAAUGGUCCAAGUCCAUACAUACAAACUACAAAAACUCCCUUAAUUUGGAAGGGGCAUUGGCAAGCCAGUUUGCUUCUAUCUUGCAAGCUUGCAAUGAUGAGUCUCUUAUCCAACAAGGUAGACAAGUUCAUGCACAUGUUAUUUGCAGCGGACUUGUCAAAAACAGCCUUGUCUGGACAAGGAUCCUGGGUAUGUAUUUUCUCUGCGGGAGCAUUAUGGGCGCCAAGAACAUGUUUUAUCAGCUUGAUUUGAAAUAUACUUUGCCUUGGAACUCGAUGAUUAGAGGGUUUACUAUGAUGGGUUACUUUGAUUAUGCCUUGCUGUUUUACUUUAAGAUGCUGAGUUCUGGAGUUUCACCUGACAAGUACACUUUUUUGAGUGUAAUUAAAGCUUGUGGUGGUGUGAAUAAUGUAAGAUUGGGCAAAGCAGUAUAUGAUACUAUCCAGUUUAUGGGUUUUGGAGUUGAUAUAUUUGUGGGGAGCUCCUUGAUUCGACUGUAUGUGGACAACGGUUGUAUUCAGGAUGCAUGGAGCUUGUUUGUUAAAAUGCCCAUCAAAGAUUGUGUUUUAUGGAAUGUUAUGCUUCAUGGUUAUGUUAAAAAUGGACAAUUAAAUAAUUCUGUUAGAAUGUUCUUGGAAAUGAGAAGUAGUGAAGUUAAGCCAAAUGCAGUGACGUUUGCUUGCAUUUUGUCUCUUUGUGCUUCAGAAGCUAUGAUUGGUUUUGGUACUCAACUUCAUGGGCUUGUUGUUGCAUGUGGGUUGGAGUCGGAUUCUCCAGUGGCUAAUACAUUGUUAGCAAUGUAUUCUAAAUGCCAAUGCUUCUCUGAUGCCCGCAAGUUGUUUGAUAUGAUGCCUCGAACUGAUCUAGUGACAUGGAAUGGAAUGAUAUCUGGUUAUAUACAAAGUGGGUUUAUGCUUGAGGCUUCACGUUUGUUUCAGGACAUGAUAUCUACAAGUGUCAAACCUGAUUCGAUCACAUUUGCAAGUUUUUUACCUUCGGUUGCUGAACUAGGUAGCCUCAAGCAAGGUAAGGAAAUUCACGGUUACAUUGUAAGGCACUGCGUGCCUUUGGAUGUGUUUUUGCAAUGUGCACUUAUUGAUGUAUACUUCAAGUGCAGGAAUGUGGACAUGGCACGUAAAAUUUUCAGCAAAAGCACCAGAACGGAUGUUGUCAUCUGCACAGCUAUGAUUUCAGGUUUUGUUCUCAAUGGGAUGAAUUGUGAUGCAUUGGAAAUUUUUAGAAGGUUACUUAAAGAGAAAAUGAGACCGAAUUCUCUAACACUGGCAAGUGUUCUACCAGCUUGUGCUGGUCUGGCUGCUCUGAAAUUUGGAAAGGAAUUGCAUGGAAACAUCCUUAAGCAUGGGCUUGAUGCAAGGUGUUAUGUGGGUAGUGCCCUUACAGACAUGUAUGCAAAAUCUGGAAGACUCGAUCUUGCUCAUCGAGUUUUUCAAAGACUGUCUGAAAGGGAUGCUGUUUGUUGGAACUCGAUGAUAACAAGCUAUUCCCAGAAUGGCAAACCGGAAGAGGCGAUAGAUCUAUUUCGUCAAAUGGGGACGGAAGGUGCCAAGUAUGACUGUGUUAGCAUUUCAGCUGCGCUUUCUGCUUGUGCAAACUUACCAGCACUUCAUUAUGGGAAAGAGAUCCAUAGUUUCAUGAUUAGAAGUGCAUUUAGUUCCGAUCUAUUUGCUGAGAGUGCACUGAUAGACAUGUAUGCCAAAUGUGGAAACUUAGAUCUUGCUCGCCGUGUGUUUGACAUGAUGGAAGAGAAGAAUGAAGUUUCCUGGAACAGCAUCAUUUCUGCUUAUGGGAAUCAUGGUCGCCUUAAGGAAUCUCUUGUUCUGUUUCAUGAAAUGUUGAGUAAAGGGAUCUUGCCCGAUCAUGUCACCUUUCUUGGUAUAUUAUCUGCUUGUGGCCAUGCAGGCGCAGUUGAUGAUGGAAUUCUCUACUUCCGUUGCAUGAUUGAGGAAUAUAGGAUCCCAGCUAGGUUGGAGCAUUAUGCUUGCAUGGUAGAUCUAUUAGGGCGUGCUGGACAUUUACGUGAAGCAUUUGAAACAAUAAAGAGCAUGCCAUUCUCCCCAGAUUCGGGUGUCUGGGGAACAAUGCUUGGAGCCUGUCGGCUCCAUGGCAAUGUUGAGCUUGCAGAAGAGGUAUCAAGAUACCUUUUUGAAUUGGCACCGCAAAAUUCUGGCUAUUAUAUACUCCUCUCAAAUAUACUUGCUGAUGCUGGAAAAUGGGGGAGUGUGCUGAAGGUUCGAACGCUAAUGAAAAACAGAGAAGUUCAAAAGGUUCCUGGGUACAGUUGGAUUGAGGUAAACAACAACACUCAUAUGUUUGUUGCAGCAGAUGGGAGUCACCCAGAGUCUGCUCAGAUAUAUUCAUUGCUCAACAGUCUUCUUCUAGAACUAAGAAAAGAGGGUUAUAAUCCUAGACCUUACCUUCCAACACAUCCACAGACAUUGGGGAUUUAAUCUAUAGACAGAAAGAAAAUAGAAGUUCACUACACUCAUUCGGUAGUUGGAUUGGUAACAUUUAAACUUACCUCCCCAGAGGAGAAGGAAAAAGGGGUUCAACUCUCAAAUUAGAAAUCUGAAAAACUGCCUAAGGGGUCCCCUCUUGAUUGUGUUUCCGACUUUGAAGAUAAUUAAACCGAUGUGGUUUUGGAACCUUUUGCCACUUAUUUGGAGGGUGUUUUUAGCUAUGAAGGUAUGAGGGUGGGUUUUCAUCUGGACUGGUUUCCAAUCCUAAGCAUUUUUCUUAUAUUGAGGUCAAUUUGCUCAUAUAACAUAUACCCAUUUUUCUUCGUUGAUACAAAUGUUCCAGCUUGGCCAGAUGUUUUAUGUUUGUCCCAUCAUACAAAGGUUGAUAAACCAAAAAGACAACGGUGGAAAUACUCCUUUGCAUUUGGCAACAAUGUACCAUCAUAGAGAGGUUGGCAUAUAAGGACCAACAUAAAGCUCUUAAAGUGUAGGGUCAUGACAGCUCGUGACGUUGCUGAAAGCAGUUUGGGAAUUGUUGCAUCACACCAGGGGGUAAGUUUCUGUGCUAUCUAUUGUUAUAAAAUUACGGAUGAUUAUGCCUUACUACAAUUUACAACCAAAGGAAGGAUCAUAGUUCUAGUCCAUUGGGUUCCAUUCUUUUUCAGUUACCUAACGAGGAAAUCCAUAGGAACAGGGUAAAAUACGUUAUUAGUGGUGGCCACACUAGUUGCCACGGUGACAUUUGCAGCCAGUUUCACAAUGCCAGGCGGUUACAGCAAUUCGGUCCUCAUGAAGGCGUCACAACCUUGUUGCAAUCAGUCUCGUGUGGUGUACACGGCUCUUCCAUCACGGCACAGGGACUAACUCGAUCAUUUUCGAAAUGGGUUUGUUCAGUCCUAAUAGCUGUUGCAGUACUGGGCAAUGCUUAUGCACUUGACCAAAGAUUUGGAAGAGGUUCAAACUGCCUUAUUUUCUAUCACAUAUUCAGUCUAUCCAAAGCUUUGGUUAACCUUUUUUUGGGAUAGUUUCAUUGGGGCCUGGCGGUUCUAUGUUUGGCUGGUAUUCUUAUCUUUUUCCAAUGUUAUUUCGAUUUCGUUAUCAAUGAUCUCUUCAUAAUA